AGCUGCUGGGAUUGUGUUUGAAGGUGUUUGCAGCAGUCUGCUGGAAUUUAAAGAUUAUCAGACUGGCGGCUCUUUGCGAAACGCUGGGGUUCUCGGAGUGGCUGAAUUUUUCCUGGAUCUGAGCGGUGAACUCCAGAAGACUGAAGCCCAGACUCACGGUCUACCUUUCACGGAGGCCCAGCCGUGAGAGGACGGAGGAAGGCACCUGGCGAAUCAUGACGGCCGACAAGGAUAAGGACAAGGAGAGGGACAGGGACCGGGACAGGGACAGGGACAAGCGGGACAAGGCGCGGGAGAGCGAGAGCUCGCGGCCCCGCCGCAGCUGCACGCUGGAGGGCGGCGCCAAGAACUACGCCGAGAGCGAGCACAGCGAGGACGAGGACAACGACGCGGCCAGCGCCACCACCGAGGAGUCCACCAAAAAGAGCAAGAAGAAGCUGCCCAAGAAGAAGUCCCGCUACGAGCGCACCGAGAAUGGGGAGAUCACCUCCUUCGUCACGGAGGACGACGUCGUUUACAGGCCUGGCGACUGCGUGUACAUCGAGAGCCGCCGGCCCAACACUCCCUACUUCAUCUGUAGCAUUCAGGAUUUUAAACUGAGUAAACGGGACCAUCUGUUGAUGAACGUGAAAUGGUACUACCGCCAGUCCGAGGUCCCGGACUCCGUUUACCAGCACCUGGUGCAGGACCGUAACAACGAAAACGACUCUGGCCGGGAGCUGGUCAUCACCGACCCAGUGGUCAAGAGCCGGGAACUCUUCAUCUCCGACUACGUGGACACGUACCACGCGGCAGCUCUCAGAGGGAAGUGCAACAUCGCUCACUUCUCCGACAUCUUCGCUGCCAGGGAGUUCAAGGCCCGCAUCGACUCCUUCUUCUACAUCCUGGGGUACAACCCAGAGACCAGGCGACUAAACAGCACGCAGGGGGAGAUCAGAGUGGGCCCGAGUCACCAGGCGAAACUCCCAGAGCUGCAGCCCUUCCCAUCUCCAGGCGGCCAGGCGGUGACAGAGAACGAGGAGCUGGUGUGGAUGCCCGGGGUGAACGACUGCGACCUGCUCAUGUACCUGAGGGCAGCCAGGAGCAUGGCGGCGUUUGCUGGGAUGUGUGAUGGAGGAUCCACUGAAGAUGGCUGCUUAGCUGCUUCACGAGACGACACUACAUUAAAUGCAUUAAACACGCUACAUGAAAGCAACUACGACGCGGGGAAGGCCCUCCAGCGACUGGUGAAGAAACCUGUCCCCAAGCUGAUAGAGAAGUGCUGGUCCGAAGAAGAAGUGAAGCGGUUCAUUAAGGGACUGAGGCAGUACGGCAAGAACUUCUUCAGGAUUCGGAAAGAGCUGCUACCCAACAAGGAAACGGGAGAGCUGAUCACCUUCUAUUACUACUGGAAGAAGACCCCGGAGGCUGCCAGCUCGCGCGCCCACCGCCGGCACCGCAGGCAGCCCGUCUUCCGCAGGAUCAAGACCCGCACCGCCUCCACCCCCGUCAACACCCCGUCCCGGCCCCCCUCCAGCGAAUUCCUGGACCUGAGCUCAGCCAGCGAGGAUGACUUCGACAGUGAGGACAGCGAGCAGGAGCUGAAGGGUUACGCCUGCCGCCACUGCUUCACCACCAACUCCAAGGACUGGCACCACGGGGGCCGCGAGAACAUCCUGCUGUGCACCGACUGCAGAAUCCACUUCAAGAAGUACGGGGAGCUGCCGCCCAUCGAGAAGCCCGUCGACCCCCCGCCGUUUAUGUUCAAACCCGUCAAAGAGGAAGAGGAUGGGCUCGGCGGGAAGCAUAGCAUGAGGACGCGACGCAACAGAGGCCCGAUGUCGACCCUAAGAAGUGGCCGUAAGAAGCAGACAGCCAGCCCCGAUGGCAGGGCCUCGCCCGGCACCGAGGACCUGCGCUCCAGCGGCCGCGCCUCGCCCAGCGCCGCCAGCACCUCCAGCACCGACAGCAAGGCCGAGACCACGAAGAAACCCAGCAAGAAGAUUAAAGAGGAGGCUCCCUCGCCCAUGAAGAGUGCCAAACGGCAGAGGGAGAAGGGCGCUUCCGACACCGAGGAGACGGAGAGGGCCGCAGCCAAGAAAUCCAAGACCCAGGAGCUGAGCCGACCCGGUUCGCCGUCGGAGGGCGAGGGGGAGGGGGAGGGCGAGAGUUCGGACAGCCGGAGCGUGAACGACGAGGGCAGCAGCGACCCCAAGGACAUCGACCAGGACAACCGCAGCUCCUCCCCCAGCAUCCCCAGUCCCCGCGACAACGAGAGCGACUCGGACUCCUCCGCCCAGCAGCAGGUGCUCCAGGCCCAGCACCCGCCCGUCAUCCAGUCGCAGGCGGGGCCGCCGCAGGCCUCCGCCACGCCCCCCGCUGGCGGCGCACCCUCCCAGGCCUCCCCCGCCAUCCCGCCCCAGCCCUCGCCCCUGUCGCUCAUCCAGUCGGGCUCCGCCCUGCACCCGCAGAGGCUGCCCUCGCCCGACUCGCCCCUGCAGGGCCUGGCGCAGGCCCCGCCCCUGUGCCCGCCCGGCCCGCAGGCCAUCCAAACCUCGCUCCACGGCCCGCUGCAGCCCCUGCCCCACCCCCUGCAGGCCGGCCCCUCCCACCUGCCCCACCCGCUGCCUCCGCAGCCUUUCCCCCUCUCCGCUCAGUCUCAGGUUGCUCCGCCCCCCGCCCUCCCUGGCCAGCCCCCGAACCCGGGGCUGUCCCAGCAGAUGUCCCCGCACACGCCGCCCUCCCAGUCUUCCUCGCAGGGGCCGCCCCCACCCCCCCGGGAGCAGCCGCUGCCCCCCGCGCCCAUGUCCAUGCCCCACAUCAAGCCGCCCCCGACCACGCCCAUCCCGCACAUGCCCAACCCGCAGUCUCACAAGCACCCGCCACACCUGUCAGCGCCGCCUUUCCCCCAGAUGCCCUCCAACCUACCCCCACCGCCCGCCCUCAAACCCCUCAGCUCCCUGUCCACCCACCACCCGCCCUCGGCCCACCCGCCCCCUCUCCAGCUCAUGCCCCAAGGCCAGCAGCUGCAGCCGCCUCCCGCCCAGCCCCCCGUGCUUACCCAGUCGCAGGUGCUCCCAGCCGCGGGUGGUCACCCGCCCUCCGCAGCGCCCCAGCUGCCCCCCUCCGCCGUCCCCUCCCAGCCCCCCUUCCCCCCGCACCCCUUCAUCCCCGGCGGGGCUCCCAUCCUGGCCCCCUCCUCCGCCCCCUCCGCCUCCUCGGCCUCCGUCCCCGUGCUCCAGCCCCCGUCCUCGUCGUCCGUCUCCACGCCCCUGCCGCCCUCAGUCGGCGGCCCCUCAGGGGUCCCGCCCAUUCAGAUCAAGGAGGAGCCUCUGGACGAAUCGGAGGAGCCUGAGAGCCCGCCCCCUCCGCAGCGGAGUCCGUCCCCCGAGCCGACGGUCGUCAACACGCCCAGCCACGCCAGCCAAUCAGCACGGUUCUACAAACACCUGGACCGGGGCUACAACUCCUGCGCCCGGACGGACUUCUACUUCACCCCUCUGCCAGCGUCCAAGCUGGCUAAGAAGAGGGAGGAGGCCAUGGAGAAGGCCAAGAGGGAGGCGGAGCAGAAGGCCCGGGAGGAGAAGGAGAAGGAGCGGGAGAAGGAGAAGGAGCGCGAGAGGGAGCGGGAGAGAGAGCGGGAGGCUGACAGAGCUGCUAAAGCCUCCAGUUCGUCUCACGAGGGCCGGAUGGGUGAGCCCCAGAUGCCAGGCCCCGCCCACAUGCGGCCAUCCUUCGAGCCGCCGCCCACCACCAUCGCGGCGGUGCCGCCCUACAUCGGGCCCGACACGCCCGCCCUGCGCACCCUCAGCGAGUACGCCCGGCCGCACGUCAUGUCGCCCACCAACCGCAACCACCCGUUCUUCGUGUCGCUGAACCCGGCCGACCCGCUGCUGGCGUACCACAUGCCGGGCCUGUACAACGCCGACCCCGCCAUGCGGGAGCGGGAGCUGCGGGAGAGGGAGCUCCGCGAGAGGGAGAUCCGGGAGCGCGAGCUCCGCGAGAGGAUGAAGCCCGGCUUUGAGGUCAAGCCGCCCGAGCUGGAAGGCCUGCACCCGGCCGCCAACCCCAUGGAGCACUUCGCCCGGCACGGCGCCCUGGCGCUGCCGCACAUGGCCGGGCCCCACCCCUUCGCCUCCUUCCACCCGGGCCUCAACCCGCUGGAGCGCGAGCGGCUGGCGCUGGCUGGCCCGCAGCUGCGGCCCGAGAUGACCUACCCGGAGCGGCUCGCGGCCGAGCGGCUGCACGCCGAGCGCAUGGCGUCCGUCGCCAACGACCCCAUCGCCCGGCUGCAGAUGUUCAACGUGACACCGCACCACCACCAGCACUCGCACAUCCACUCGCACCUCCACCUGCACCAGCAGGACCCGCUGCACCAAGGUGGUGGUGAAUGUCUUGUGUGUCCCCCAGGUUCUGGGGCGCAUCCGCUAGUUGACCCGCUUGCAGCAGGACCCCACCUGGCCCGGUUCCCCUACCCGCCCGGCACCAUCCCCAACCCCCUGCUCGGCCAGCCACCCCAUGAACACGAGAUGUUGCGGCACCCCGUGUUCGGAACGCCGUACCCGCGGGACCUCCCCGGGGCGCUGCCGCCGCCCAUGUCUGCGGCGCACCAGCUGCAGGCCAUGCACGCGCAGUCGGCCGAGCUGCAGCGGCUCGCCAUGGAGCAGCAGUGGCUGCAUGGACACCACCACAUGCACGGCGGGCCCCUGCCCGGACAGGAGGACUACUACAGCCGUCUGAAGAAAGAGAGCGACAAGCAGCUGUAACGCGUGGAGGGGGCGGCGAGGACAGAGCCGCACACAGGGACACCCCCGUUUGGGACUGAACCGCUGUGAGGAACUCUGAUCGGUCCGCUCGGAACAAUUUAAAUUAAAGAGGAAAAAAAAUGACAGGAGAGGAUCUUUUGAAGA